CCGCCUACGAUGGCCCCGAUCAUGGUACCGCUUGGGCCGCUGCUACUGCUGCUGCUGCUGCUGCUACUGCUAGUACCGCCGUUACCUGUCUGCCCGCUCGGUGCGACGCUGGUUGAAGUAGAUGGGUUAUUGUUGUUAGUGGGCGAGCUCUACGCAGGGCUCGACGUGGGAGUCGAACCCGUGCUUGCAGUGGUGAGAGGUCUUGUCGUUGUCGUUGUCGUCGCUACGCUGGAACUACUGCUUGCGACCGCAGACGGCGGCGGGCCGGUCGUAGCGGGGCCGCUGCUCGAAGACGGCGCCGGUCCUACCGCCGAGCAUAUAGCGUUGAUUGAGCUUACAGCCUGUUCAUAAUCGGAUUGGUCACAGGAUAGAAAGAGAUAUAGCGUUAUAGCAUUGAUAUUAUCGGGCUUGCAGAUACAGGCAGCGUCGAGUGAGCUACAGCCGGUCAAUAAGAUAGAGGCUUGGUCCGUAUAAGAGGCCUAUGUGAC